UAUCCUAAAGGAAAUAUCUCCACAAGGCUGAAUUACGAAAACGGGUCUAAAACCUAAAGAAAGAACUCUGAACAUCAAACAUCUAAAGAAAAGCGGGCGGCGGUCUGAAACCAACCGUUUGAAGAAUUUUCCAAUGAAAGAUCCGAAGCAGCUCAACCCCAACUGGGCGCAGCUUCGUCAAAAAUUAGGUUAUGGCUCUGAACUAUCCUCCAAGAAAUCAGGAACAGAGACCAAAGAAUCCAUUUUAGGAAAGCGCAAAGAGAGGUCUGAUAAUGAUGAGGUCAGCGAACGUGAGGGGAAUGUUCUUGCUCCUACUUCAUCUGAUUCAAGUAUUACAGACGAAAUAGCCAUGGAUUGUGAAAUGGUUGGAGUAAGCCCUCUUGGAAACAAAAGCGCUCUUGGAAGAGUCACACUGGUAAAUAAGUGGGGAAAUGUUAUAUAUGAUGAGCAUGUUCGUCCAGUUGAACGUGUAGUUGACUUUCGUACACAAGUCAGUGGCAUUCGACCCCGUGACUUAAAAAAAGCAAAAGAUUUCCGUGUUGUUCAGAAAGAAGUGGCAGAAUUGCUCAAAGGGCGGAUUCUUGUUGGCCAUGCAUUGCGUAAUGACCUCAAGGCCUUGUUAUUAAGUCACCCGAAAAAGGAUAUACGAGAUACCGCAGAGUAUCAACCGUAUUUAAAAGAAGGGCGUAAAAAAGCACUUAGACAUCUUGCAGAUGAAGUCCUUGGUGUCAAGAUCCAAAAUGGCGAGCAUUGUCCUAUAGAAGAUGCUCGUGCUGCUAUGAUGCUUUACAUGAAGAAAAGGCGGGAAUGGGAAAGGAGUGUCAAAGAUUUUGUGAAGAUGAGACUAAAGCAGAAGAAACGUAAGCCCAAGAAACAUAAAAAAGAAGCUUCACCUGUUGCAUCUUAGAAUAUCACUUUUCACAGGAAGAAAUCUUGAAUGUUGCAAGUUAUAGAAGCUGGUGGCAUUAUGGAACAAUAUGUUUGAUUUUUAGCAAGUCGCCAAGCGUUUAAUAGGGGUUGUUUCAUGUUGUAAAAGGCCAAUUUUGAGCCAAAAUUUUGUUUGAAAAGAACGCAAAAAAAGAACAUUCAACUUUAGAAAAAUGAGCA